AUGUUGGUACCUCUAACUGCGAUAGCGAUUCCAUCGCUUCCACUAGCAGCUGCGAUGGUUCUCUGCUCGUCGGAUCGCAAGCAGGUUCAUGCAAGUAAAAAAUCGCAGAAAUCGAUUCGCGGAAAGUCGACAAAAAGUGCAUCGAAAAGCGGAAAGUCGAAGAGCCGUUCUAAACACGCCUCGAAAUCCGCAAAAAGUGGAAGCAAGAAGCAAGUUUCAAAACGCGAAAAGUCGUCAAGAGCGUCGAAGAGCGCGAAGAGCUCGAAGAGCGAGAAAUCAAAGAGAUCGAGCAACAAUAAAUCAUCGAAGAGUGGCUCGAGAAAAUCGAAAAAUUCGAAGAGAUCAUCAUCGAAAAAAUCGUCGCGUCCAGAGAAAAAGGACGCCAAGAAUAAGAAGGAAUGCUCGAAGGGAAGCUCGAAGUCGUCGAAGUCAUCAUCGGCGGCGAGAAUUCGCAAAGAAGCGAACGAAGCGGCGGCCGCUCAUGCGGCAGCUCUGCAAAACUCGAAGAAGCAACAAGAGCAAGCGUCGGCGAAUGCUCCGCCUCACCACGGCGGCUGGGAUGCCGCGCCCGACGGCCACGUCGACAAAUCGCGCAUUCCUGCUCCGCAGCAAAAUUGCUCGGAGAAACUCAAAAGCGAUAAGCAGCAAGCGACGCCGAAGAAGGUCAGCAUCGAGGACGAGGUCAAGACGAUCAGACACACUCAAGAUGUGCAAGUCAAACCCGAUCGUCUCCUCUACCAACCAAUUGGAGGUGUCAGCUGCAUCAACAUUACCAACAACUCGCAAGACCGCAAAGCCUAUAAGAUCAAGUGUUCCGACAAUGCGUUGUACCGAGUCAAUCCCGUAUAUGGAUUCGCUGAACCUGGUGAGACUAUCAAAGUGGACGUUUUGAGAAACAACGGUGAGAAAAAAAUGGACAAAUUGUGUGUUUUGACUGCCAAGGCAACCGGGGAGAACAAUCCUCGAGAAAUAUUUACUCGCGAAGAUCUUCAACGCGAAAUGAUGGUGAUUCCAUUGAUUGUCUGA